AUGCCUGCUCCUCCUCGCCCCAGCCGUGCUAGGCUCCCGCCCUUUUCCAAGCAGGACGAGGAUCUCUGGAAGGCCUACACCAAAGCACUCCAGACAAAGUUCUUUAGCAAUCUUGACACAAAGAAUGAGAUCUUCUAUGCUGCUCCUGUCGCGGGUAUGGGCAUUCCUGCUGGUAACAAUAUCCCUCAGGAAAUCACCAACAAAGGGGCUUACGACAUUGGCGAUGUUGUCAUGCAGUUGGACGCUCCUGUAUUCACUGCUGGGAGCAAGAAGUACUCUCAACGGCUUCAAGAAGUUCUAGGGGCUGUAAGGCUUGGGCAGAAUCCAGAUAGGGGAGCCGAGAAACGAAUGAAUGACAUCCGAGCAAAAGUCGGAAAAUUGAACAUGGAGUAUGCAGAGGCAAGCGAGAAAGCAGUGGAAUAUUACACGACCGACGAGUAUAGAGGCAACAUGUCUUUCGGACAGUGGGUUCCAAGAAAUUAUCCAAGUUUUGCUGCUCUAUCUCGAGAGAAGCAAUCCGCUACUGCGACUGAAGCAUCUUUGCGUGCUCAGAUUGUCGGACCUGGCGCUGCUCAACUCAACCGGCAGAGGCUGAGGCUAUUCAGCGCCUGUGAGCCGGAUCAGUCCAAUCCUGGCCUCAACAUGCCUUGUGCCCUAAACUUUGGGAAUAUCGUCAACGGUUCUUCUGAUCUUCCUCAGGGAAGUGGGGGAUUCUCGAGACCUACCUAUACCAUCGAAAACUCUUACACAGAGACGGUCGGUAACUGGACCAGGGACGCCGGUGGCGAGAACAAGCUGAACUUGACCUUCAACAUCAAUGAUGCAAAGUCGGAGAAUUGGGACAAGUUUGGUUUCGUCAAUGUGAACGCCAAUCCACGCUUCGCGUAUUUCUUUAAGGCGAGCUAUACUCAGGAUCAUCAGAUGAAGGAGGAUUUCAUCACAGCUCAGGAGGCUGGGUCUGAAAUCUCAGUACAGCUGUCAGCGGCCGAAGCGGGUGUUUUUACUGUCAAGCCAGGCGAAUGGGAUGUCCCAAACCUUAUGGAGGAGUACCGAGACUUCCAGCCUGAGGCUACUCGCAGCAUUGGUCCUGCGGCCAGAGUUGACCAAGUCAUUCUGGCUUACAAGGUGGCGAUAAAGCUGUCCUUGGAAGCCAAGGUCGCCGAGCGUGUCUACGAUAUAGCUCAAAAGGCCAAGAGUACGGGCGGAUCAGUGAACUUCUUCGGAUUGGAGGUUGGGUUUGGGGGAGGAAGUAAGGACGAGGUCAACAUUUCUGGCUCGACCAUUGAAAUCCGCAAGGAUCUUGGAUAUCCUGUCCUGCUAGGCGUGAAGGGCAAGAAACUUCCAGCUCUUCCGACUGGCCGCUAG